GGCAAGAAGAUCGUGACUGGUCGUGACAGUCGUUAUCAAUCGUUGACAGUCAUUGAUUGUUGUCAUUUAACAGGUAAAAAACUGGUUGAGGUGCCACGUGUGUGUGGCAAAGUGUAUAUCCACUGACAUUGAACGUAAAAUAGAAACUAUGGUACUCGACUUGGAUUUCUUCCGCAAAGAUAAAGGUUUCGACCCAGAAAAAAUCCGAGAGAACCAAAAAAAGCGUUUCAAAGAUGUAGAACUAGUAGAUACUGUGAUCGAGAAGGACAAACACUGGCGGCAAUUGCGUCAUCGCGCCGACAAUUUCAAUAAGUUAAAAAACCUGUGUAGUAAAGAAAUCGGUGAGAAGAUGAAGCGGAAGGAGCCGCUUGGCGAUGAUGAUACCGUAUCCCAGGCAAUCGUUGACAAUUUGGACAACUUGAACUCAGAAAACCUGAAAGCGUUGACGGUGAUACAGAUCAAGAGAAUACGUACUCUUAUCGAUGAUGCCAUACAGAAAAACGAUGAGAACCUGAAGACUACUGAAUUGGAAAGGAAUGCUGCACUCAGAGAGGUCGGAAAUCAUUUGCAUGAAUCUGUGCCUGUCAGCAACGAUGAAGAAGAGAACAAAGUGGAGAGAAUGUGGGGAAACUGCAUUGAUAGGAAAAAAUAUUCUCAUGUCGACCUCAUCCAUAUGAUCGAUGGAGUGGACGGAGAACGUGGAACAAAUGUCUCUGGUGGACGAGGCUAUUUUCUCACUGGUCCAGCGGUAUUUCUUCAACAAGCCCUAAUACAAUUAGCAUUAAGGAAAUUAUUCAAGGUGGGCUAUAAGCCUCUCUAUACUCCGUUUACUAUGCGGAAAGACGCAAUGCAAGAAGUAGCACAACUUUCUCAAUUUGAUGAGGAAUUAUAUAAGGUGAUUGGUAAAGGUAGCGAACGUAACGAGGACAAAGAAGUGGAAGAGAAAUAUCUCAUUGCUACCUCUGAGCAGCCAAUAGCAGCUUUUCAUAGAGGCGAAUGGAUAGCCGAAAAUACUUUACCAAUAAAAUAUGCUGGAAUCUCUACUUGCUUUAGACAAGAAGUUGGCUCUCAUGGACGAGAUACUAGGGGUAUUUUUAGGGUACAUCAAUUUGAAAAGAUAGAGCAAUUCUGCCUUACCUCGCCUCACGAUAACAAAUCCUGGGAAAUGAUGGAAGAAAUGAUUUCCAAUGCAGAAAAAUUUUAUCAAGCUUUAGACAUUCCUUAUCGUAUAGUUAAUAUUGUAUCCGGUGCAUUGAAUCAUGCAGCUUCUAAGAAAUUAGAUUUGGAGGCUUGGUUUCCUGGCUCAGGUGCAUUUCGCGAACUUGUAUCAUGUAGCAAUUGCUUGGAUUAUCAAGCAAGAAGAUUGCUAGUCAGAUACGGUCAAACGAAAAAAAUGAACACAACGACAGACUACGUUCAUAUGUUGAACGCGACAAUGUGUGCUGUGACGCGUGUGAUUUGUGCAAUUUUGGAAGUACAUCAAACGGAAACUGGCAUCAAAGUACCAAAAAUUUUGGCGGAUUACAUGCCUUCCGAAUAUGAAAAUGAAAUUCCGUUUGUGAAAGUUGCGCCGAUUAACGAAAUCGAAACGAAGAAACAGAAAAAGCAGAAAGAAAACAUAUCUAAGUAGCACAGUUAUGUGAAUGAGAUGGCGAAAUGAAACAAGUGAACUAUAGAUAUUAUUUAUUGCAUUUUUUAAAUGUUUCCAUUAUGAUCUAACUGAAUCGUGCAAAGCUAUGUGUUGUAAUAGCUAUUUAAGAAAAUAUAUACACGAAUAUAUUUUUGGCUUCUCAAUAUCGACAACUUUUCAUGUCACUCGUACAACAAAAUACCUUAUUUCCUUUACUCAUCAGAAGUUACCAAUUUCUGAUUCGUUAAGAAAAGAUUUCCUCCGACCGCUUUUAUAUACAGAGACAAAAGUUGUUUGAAUAUGUAAUAUCCCCAAAUAUCGUAACUUAUUACCUUUAUUACUCAAGAAGGCAUGUAUCCGUUCAACGAUUGUAUCAAGCUUAGAACAAUUGGCGAUUGUCAACACAGAUUACAACAUUUUAUUUGAUAACACUUGUUCAAUAUUUUUAUAAUCAGACAUCGGUAUAUAAUAUAUA